AUGCUCCGCCAGACACCUGUCACCAUCAAAGCUCCGCCAGACACCUUCACCAUCAAUGCUCCGCCAGACACCUUCACCAUCAAUGCUCCGCCAGACACCUGUCACCAUCAAUGCUCCGCCACACACCUGUCACCAUCAAUGCUCCGCCAGACACCUGUUACCAUCAAUGCUCCGCCAGACACCUUCACCAUCAAUGCUCCGCCAGACACCUGUCACCAUCAAUUCUCCGCCAGACACCUGUCACCAUCAAUUCUCCGCCAGACACCUUCACCAUCACCGCUCCGCCAGACACCUGUCACCAUCAAUGCUCCGCUAAACACCUGUCACCAUCAAUGCUCCGCCAGACACCUGUCACCAUCAAUGCUCCGCCAGACACCUGUCACCAUCAAUGCUCCGCCACACACCUGUCACCAUCACCGCUCCGCCAGACACCUGUCACCAUCAAUGCUCCGCCACACACCUGUCACCAUCAAUGCUCCGCCAGACACCUGUCACCAUCAAUGCUCCGCCAGACACCUGUCACCAUCACCGCUCCGCCAGACACCUGUCACCAUCAAUGCUCCGCCAGACACCUUCACCAUCACCGCUCCACCAGACACCUGUCACCAUCAAUGCUCCGCCACACACUUGUCACCAUCAAUGCUCCGCCAGACACCUGUCACCAUCACCGCUCCGCCAGACACCUGUCACCAUCAAUGCUCCGCCAGACACCUGUCACCAUCAAUGCUCCGCCAGACACCUUCACCAUCACCACUCCGCCAGACACCUGUCACCAUCAAUGCUCCGCUAAACACCUGUCACCAUCAAUGCUCCGCCAGACACCUGUCACCAUCAAUGCUCCGCCAGACACCUGUCACCAUCAAUGCUCCGCCACACACCUUGCCAUGGUGGAAGCGCUCUUCGUGUUCAAACUUGGUAAGAGAAACGUUCUUUGUGUUAGAGUCCAACCUCGUUAUGAAAAGUCGUCCCGGAGGCGAAGGUCAGAUUUGGAAUCCUAAUAUAGCGUCGCAGAAGCUUCUGGAAUGUGUUUAUUGA